AUGAGUAAGCGUAAGGGUAGAUUUGGAGGGAUGCUUCCGAUCGAUACUCUUUCCACGAGUAAUAACUGCAAAAAUACGGUUCCUACGCGUUACACAGCAUUCAGAAGAGACCCAAAAGUGGUUGAUAAGCUAAAUCACUUGACAACGCUUGAUUUCCUACCCCCUGAGCAUUCACUUACCAAAAAAUCAUCUCAAGAUUUAUCUCCUAGAAAAUAUCACUCGAAAGCUCGACCUAUCAGUGUCGAUAGCGAGGAUGAAAGCUCGCGUAGGCAUGAUUCCUUUGAAACACCCAUUAGGAAAAGACAGAAAGGUAUUAGAGACGUUUCAUUCACAUCCCCAAUAGAGCAUGGUCUAUCUCCUCCUGGCCGUACUUUCUCCUCCAGUGGGACGUUUCGAGUAUUGUCUGCCGCUAACAGGGACAUAGAGAAGAUGCAUUGUGUUCUCCGCAUAGUAACUGAUGUGGAGGGUAUCAGGUGUAGCGUUCGAUGGAAAGGUGCUGAACUGGAAGGAUCUCAAACGGAUUUUCUUAUAGACUGUGAAAGGUUUUUUUUUGACACCUCCAAGUCCUAUAUGGGCAUCUUCCUUAAACACACGCGGCGAAUAAAUCUAGAAAAUGGCGAAGAACCAAUCAAUACAAAAAUUAUGGUUUGGAAUAGUGACAAUGAACCAGAUAAAAAUUUGGUUUUAGUGAAACGAAGCAUAAUGAACAGCCUGGUUAAAGUUGAAGUAGUUCCAGAUAAACGGGACAUCCUGAAUAGGAUGAAGAAUCUGGGAUUAAAAUAUCAAAACGAAGCAAAAAACAAGAAAUUCUGGGAGAAGCCGGAGUUUCAGUCAUUAGGAAGGAGCGUGAAAACUAGACGUCGGACCGAAGAGAGCGGUACCAAAAUUGGAAUACCGAAUACCGAAAUCACAGCAAGUACGGACACCACCCAUAGCACUUCUCGCGAUCCUCUUACUAUUUCGCCUAGUGGCUUUUAUGCAGCUAACAAUAAGUCGAUUUCUACCCAGCCUUCUUUGAAGGAACAUAGUUUAUCGAACUUAAGGAGAUCUCAGAGAACUUCAAGACUUGCUAUCACUGAUGAUAGUCCACUGGACAAGGAUCAAGAGUUUGAGGAGCCUGAAGAGUUUAAGCCGUCGUUGUUCCACAAAUUCACUGAUGGAACUACAUUCUCCGUCACCAACUUAGACUUCAAAUGCCUUUAUAAUCAUGAUUGGAUAAAUGACUCUAUUCUCGAUUUUUUUGUAAAAUACUGGGCCGAAGAAUCUAUUAGUAAAGGAGCGAUUUUAAGAGGCGAUAUCCAUAUCUUGUCGUCUUUUUUCUAUACAAAACUUGUGAGUGAUCCAUCCAAUUAUUACAGUAACGUCAAAAAAUGGGUUAGUAACACGGACUUAUUCUCAAAAAAAUACAUUGUAAUGCCUAUCAAUGUUAACUUUCACUGGUUCGGAUGUAUUAUUACCAAUCUUCCGUCUAUUUUGGAAUUCUUAACUAGGGAAAAGGAGUUGCUAACAACGAGUGAGGCAUCUCCCAUAAGUGAAGACAAUGAUGAAUUAAGUAUCACGCCUCCAGUUGUGUCAAUCUUUGUUUACGAUUCUCUUCGACAAACGCAUUCUAGGGAAGUAGAACCGCUUAAAGAAUUUCUUAUUUCAUAUGCCGAGGACAAAUAUGGGCUUACUUUACCUAAGGGGGUGAUAAAAAUGAAAACUUGCAUGGUUCCUCAGCAACCAAAUAUGAGUGAUUGUGGCGUUCAUGUAAUUCUGAACUCAAGAAAGUUCUUCGAGAAUCCCAUCAUGACUGCUGAGGUGUGGCGGUCCACGAAGUCUAAAGGAAAACCAACCUCUCGAGCGAUCAAUGAAUACUUCGAAAAGAAUGCAAGAGUACAUGCAAGGAAAGAUUUGAGAGAAGUUUUGAGAGAGUUACAAAAACAGCAAAUUAAAUCUGGACCCCUGAAAGAUGAAACUGCAGUUAAUGAUGCAUCAAUGGAUGAUGAGCACAGUGACAUCGAAAUUAUUGAAGAUAUUGAUUUUUACAAAAAGAACACCUCAGAAGAAGCCAUUGAGAAAUCCAUGGAUAACGGCGAAAGCUGUUCCAUCGAUGACGAUAAGGUUACGAGCAAAGAAGAAGUUUCAGAUAACGAAAAAUUACUCAAGUUACAAUCAUUUAGACCAGAAGUAAGAUCAUCAGCUAUUGUUGAAGGUGAAGAUGGUACGGGCGAAAGUAAUUCAACCGAACUGUAUGGUCGAGAUGAACCCGUUGUGAACACGAUUAAAAAUACGGGGCCCAUUCCAACUGAUGGCACAUCGACUAAUCUCAUUAACACUGUUAAUAAUACCAUUUCAAAGUAUUUCCGAAGUAAAAAACCUCUUACUGUCGAGUCUUCGGAGAAAGAAAGUGUUGUUGAUCGUAAUAUCAAUAUUCAAAAAUUAACUUUAGAGGACGCCUCUCUAGCUCGGCCAACUUCGCAAAAUACAGGGAAGAGCUAUGAUUCUUCACAUCUCAUCCGUUCUGGUCAUAGUUUUGAUGAUAGGCAUAGAAAAACCUACAAAAUUAAAUCUCAGUCAGAUUUUCAUGAGGGCGACAAUUUCGAGGGCAGAGGAGUAUCGUCAAAUAAAUCAGGUACUUUGCAUAUUGAAACUGACAACUCAGACCUGUCGGAUGCAGAAUUGACCGGUAACAUCACGAAUCAAAGUGAAUUUAAUCCGAUCACUUCCCACAAAGAGUUCAAAAAUAGACUAUCAAGUAAGGCUGGUGGCAGAAUAGACCAACUCUUUGAAAGGCGGAAACUCAGUUCCAGUGAUAGCGUUUCAUCAUCUCUAUCAUCUUGA